AUGCCUGAAUGUCGCUCCCCUGAAGACGGCAUUACUCCCCUCGACCAUUCCAAGUCCAUAGAGCAUGGUUUUCCCCGGGAUGAAAAUGGGAAUCAGCCCGAGACACCGGACCAUACCCAUGUAGAAGAAGAUGGUGAUUCAGAUACGAUCUCGACAAACUCUUCAGAUGAAUUUGACUGGGACGAAGAAGAAGUCACUAGUCAAGCGGAGAAUCCGGAAACCGGAAAAAAGGCGAGGAGGGGUAGAGCACUUUGGCUCGGCUUCAUGAAGCUUGCAAGGCCAGUCAGGACUCUACUAGUCGGCGUUCUUGGUGCUGCAUUCUUCAUAACUCCGCUACUGGUAGUGGAGUUGAGGUUCAAGGACAAGGAAAGCGUUCGGCCUCUUGCGCAACAUACUUGCUUGUGGAUGCCAGUUCCACGCAUUGCGAUCUACGUUAUCUUCUUAUUUGGGGGCCAAGUUGAGCGCUUGAAAACGCAGAUUGAAUUGACACUUGCUGUCUCGGCAUGGCUCAAGCUCGUACUUGAUAUAUCGUGGGCUUGGAUAGCGCUAUCUGCAAUCACGACCUUCUACAAACCUCCUGGCUCGUACUGGGUUGUUAUCAACCGGGUUAUGCAGGCUCUCUUUACUGCAGGUAUCAUCCUGCUUGUGGAAAAAUUGUUUUUACGAUUUGUUGCCAUCAAUUUCCACCAACGUGCACUUGCGGAUCGUCUCGCGGAGAACCGGAUGGGACUGAAGGCGCUUGACCAUCUAUCGAAUGCGCAGCCCGCUCCUGUCAAGAAAAGUCCACACGCAAAGAAAGGGCACAAACAUGCUUUGAGCUUCUUUCGGGACUGCAUUCGACCUCCAGCGAGCAGACCAGUACACCUGCUACGCCUGUCCAAGAGAAGAGCGAGCACGAAAUACAUCAUCAGUCGGACAAAAAGCGCCAUACCAGUCGCGCUCAGACAAAAAGACGACGCAAGAGUCGCGCUGAAGAAUUCCAAGCUCCACCGCGGUGGCGACUUCUAUGCUCUGGAUUCUGCUAGGAAGCUCGCCAAGAAACUCUUUGAUGCUCUCAGUGUCACCAGCCCUGGACGUUCUCAUCUUGUCGUUGAAGAUUUUUACCCCUUUUUCCGUUCGACUGCUGAGGCGCAUGCGGCUUUUGCUAUUUUUGACAAAGAUGGCAAUGGUGACAUCACCAAGCGAGAAAUGCGGGAAGCUGUACAGAGAAUCUAUCGAGAGCGUAAGGCCCUCACUGCCAGUCUGAAAGACGUUGGCUCAGCCGUCGCCAAGCUGGAUGCUGUCCUUGUUUGCAUUGCAUUGCUCGGUAUUCUCUUCGCAUGUCUCCUCAUUUUCAACAGGAGCGACACGCUAGCCUCGCUUGUUCCUCUUGCGACAAUCAUUCUCGGAUUCUCGUUCAUCUUCGGACACUCUGCACAGACGUUGUUUGAGUCGAUGAUCUUCAUAUUUUCAACUCAUGUCUUUGAUGUCGGCGACUUGGUCAUGAUUGACGACCAGUACCUGAUUGUCAAAGAAUUUGGUCUAUUUUCUACCACUUUCCGUCGUGUUGACGGUCAAGAAAUCAUCGCACCGAACUCCUUACUGUCUAGCACAAAGCUUGUCCAUAAUUUGCGCCGGUCGAACAGCAUGUGGGAGAGCACGACGCUGAUGAUAGCGUACAAUACACCCCUCGAGCUCGUUGAGCAACUCAAGGCACGCAUCCAAGCCUACAUUACAGCAAACAACAGGGAAUGGAGUGGAUCUGCGGUGAAUAUCGACAAGAUGGAAUUUCAAAAUGCGAUCCAUCUGACUGUGGCUGUUGAACAUCGCCCGAACUGGCAGGACUGGGGAGGACGCUGGACGCGGAGGACUGCGUUCAUGAAACAUCUCAAGAGCAUUCUGGAGGAUUUAGAUGUCAAGUAUACCAUGCCUAUGCAGCCGGUGCUGCUGCCCGACUCCCCACGCCCGACGAGUGGGUUCCGCAGUGUCGGCGUGGAGGUGAAUACACGUGGCGGCGAAGAGAAUCUUACUGCCUGGAGAUAA